AUGGAUUCAGAUUCCUCUUCUGUUCCUCCUCUUUAUGUUUCUUUUCAGCUCCCAGUUAUUGAUUUCUCUGACCAAACACUAAAACCAGGAAGCUCAAAGUGGGAGGAAGUGAAGACUGAUGUCCGUAAAGCUCUAGAAGACUACGGUUGCUUCGAAGCUUCCUUUCAAAAAGUGUCAACGGAGCUCAAGAAGUCUGUUUUUCAAGCCGUGGAAGAGCUUUUCGAGUUGCCCACUGAGACCAAACAGAGAAACGUGUCGUCGAAACCCUUCCAUGGGUAUCUUUGUCAUAAUCUUUACCAGAGUUUGGGGAUCGAUGAUGCUAAUGUUUUGGAGAAAGUCAACGACUUCACUCAACAGAUAUGGCCUGACCAUGGAAACAAGAAAAUUAGGGAAACGAUUCACCGGUUUUCGGAGCAAUUAUCAGAAUUGGAUAUGAUGGUGAGAAGAAUGAUAAUGGAAAGUUUUGGGAUAGAGAAAUACAUUGAUGAACAUCUGAAUGCUACAAAUUAUCUUCUUCGAAUGAUGAACUAUACAGCACCUCCUGAUGAUGAUGAUGUAGAAGAGACAAAGAUAGGUUUACGUUCUCAUACAGACAAGAACAUCAUCACAAUACUUCAUCAGUAUCAAGUUGAUGGUUUAGAAGUAGAGACCAAAGACAAAAAAUGGAUCAAAGUGAAACCAUCUCAAGAUUCUUUCCUCGUUAUGGUCGGAGAUUCUCUAUGUGCAUUCUUGAAUGGUCGAUUGUCUUCUCCAUAUCACCGAGUCCUGAUGACCGAAAAGAAAACAAGGUAUUCGACUGGGCUGUUCUCGGUUCCAAAAUCAGGAUUUAUCAUUGAUUCACCACAAGAACUUAUCGACGAAGAACAUCCACGAAUAUUCAAACCCUUUGACUAUGACGACUUCCUUACCUUCUUUCACUCAGAAGCUGGACGUAAAGCUCAAUCUAGUAUCCAUGCUUUCUGUGCCCUCUGA